CUGGCCUUCUUCUGGAUGGGGCCUACAUACGCCACGUCCCAUCACCCUAUACACCUUCUCAAGCGCGACAGUAUCUCCUUCGUAUCGCAUGGCCCACUCAGUUUGUAGGAGAAUCGGACGACUCUCCCAUCGAAUUUGAAUCGAAUCUGGAGAACUUGACCGCGCUGAUGGUACACCACUGUACGACGUUUCCUGCGGAGAAUACGGAUUUGCAUUAUACGAAGGAGCACCGUAUGCCUGUCAAACCCGACGAACUGUUUGACCGCAUGGUGCUUGGAGGAAGGGGAAGCUACUGCUUCGGUCAAAACGGACUAUUUCUCGGUAUGCUUCGCGGUCUCGGGUAUAGGGCGUAUGGCGUCUCAGGCCGUGUUCUCAGUCCUGCAAGCGCUCAAUACUCACCCGACCCUAGCUCGCCCCUCGAAGGCAAUAUCUACACCUCCCUCGUACACAUGACCCUUCUCGUCCAGCCUUACUCGGAUCCUGCGCUCGCAAAUAUAACUUAUGUUGCGGACAUGGGUUUCGGUGGUCUUGGACCUAUGCGACCGAUCUUGUUCGCGGAUGGGGGUGACGGUGACGAACAAGAGUUGCCUGCUACGGACAUCGACGAGCCGGGAUCGUCAAGGCCGCGGUGUAAGGGCGGGUGGGCCUGGGGUACGUUCCCGCCGGUGCGGCAUAGAGUCAUUCGGGGUGCACAUUACUCAAGUAGUCUGGAGACGACAUUAGGAUCGGGCUUCGCGCCAUCACGCGAAUGGCAUAUGCAGGUCACCCGUAGCAGGCUUCCAUCAGAUCCAAGCCACGAAGAAUGGACUACGCUCUAUACGUUCUCCGAAUCCGAGUUCUUUCAGCGUGAUAUCGAUGCCGCUAAUGUUGUCACCUCCACCUUCGAGGAUAUGCCGUUCCCACAUUUCGUGAUGUGCACCAAACGGUUCGAAAUCUCGUUGGAUGACAUUCGGCAGGCAGGGGUUUAUGAUGGGGAAGAUGAGGGUCGUGAGGUUAUGAGGACCGCGGAGAAUGUGGCUGAGGAGAAGGGGAUAAGAUGGGUGGGGCAAUGGACGCUGGAGGGUAGCAAAGCGUUCCGGAGGAUUGGAGGAAAGGCCCUUGAGGAGGUGCAGUUCGAAAGUGAGAAGGAUAGGGUGGUGUUCUUGAGGGAUCGCAUUGGGAUGGGGAUUAAUGAGGACGAUGCGCAGUGGAUCGCCGGGAGAGAAGCCGCUAUAUGA